AUGACGGCCGGCCCCCUGGACCAGCGCGGCGACGCAGACGGCGAAGAACGCGCCCGAGGUGCCCAUCACCAGGAUGUGUCCGGCGCCGAUGCGCCAGACGCGGGCGGCCUGGAGGAUGGUGGUGGCCCCACUGAUGAGCAGCGCGGCGAAGACGCCCCAGGCAAGGUAGGUUUCGGGCUGAUCGGCGAUGCGGAAAACGACCGCCACGCCCAGCACGAUCCCCCCGAUGAUGACGGCGGCGGCCUGGACGCCGGCGCCGAUGGUCAGCAAGUUGGGGGGAUGCUCGUCCGGCUCGUAGCGGAUGUGUUCGUUAAGUUGUGUGGUGGCCAAGAGAUACUCUCCGAAUACAAGUGUGACGUUAUCGCCGUCUCAAUCGGGAUAGUGUGCAAUGACGCGCGAGAAGUCCACGACCAAGCCCUGGAACGUCUGCGCCAAGGCGAUAUUCGCGACGCGGCCGAAAAGGCCUGGUGUGCCACCAAGCGCGCCACUGACGCGCUCAUCCUCGCCCUGACCGGCGAGGAGCCCGAAACGACCGCCAUGACCACCGAAGGACUACUCGAGCUAGCCAGUCGAAUUCGUGACGCCGAGACCCUGGUGGGGACGUUAUUUUACCCGAAUUAG